UCCCGAGCUGACCUGUUUUGAGCCUCAACAUUUUUGUCAUCUUUCGGAACACAUUAAAGCAAUGGCUUCCAGCAGUAGCAGCAUUUUCCGCAGAAAAAGUCACAACCUAACACAUGAGCCAUAUUGUGGUCUGAGAACCGCUGCAAGCAACACGAUUUUAGAUGCUAGCAAGCGAAGGCAAGAAGAAUGUUACUAUCAUCAACCACCUACCUCCCAGCUUCACCUUCAACAACAACGUCAGUGUCGGCCAACUUUGCAAUUUGGCCCAUGGCUGAGCGCAAUGACCGCCUAUCGAUUGCUGACAAUCAGCCUCCUAAUUGGAAUUCUGUGUCUACAUCACGUUCACGGAGUGGAUCCCAAAUUCGACCCCUCAACGCGGAUGAGACUAGUUCUGGUGCCGGCUGACGCACAGGUCGGGUCUGUAAUCUACAGAUUGCGUGCAACAGACGAGGAGUUCGACUAUCCAUUGACCUUUGAGUUUAUGGGUGAUGUAUCCUCGUCCACCUUCAAGGUGGAAUCGCUUCCAUGUACCAAGUACAAUUCUGUCUGUCAAGCAAAUGUUGUACUGCAACGACGCCUUGAGUCAGGCCGCUUCUACGACUUUCAAGUCUCGGUAAAGGACACAACUGGUGGCAUAGCUACGCAAUUGUGUUCAAUUACAGCAACCAACUUUAGUACACCACAUGACCUCAUAUUUCCACAUAAGCCGGGCAUCAUCAUGAUACCUGAGGAUGCCAAGAGAGGUACUGAACUUGAUUAUGUAAUUGCCCGAAAAAAUCCACUGUUUCAAAAGCCAGUCUACCUCGAGCUAUGGGGUUCGCCUUUAUUUGCUAUAAGACAAAAAAUUAUAUCAGCUGAGACCACGGAGGGAACAGUUUUCCUAUUGGGCCCUUUGGAUUUUGAGAAACAAGCCAUGUACCACUUGACAAUUCUGGCUAAUGAUGCGUAUGCUGAGCCUGGUCAAGAUGGACGCAAUAUUGCUGGCAUAGAAAUUGUUGUUAUCGUCCAAGACGUACAAGAUCAGCCGCCUGUAUUUACGAUAGCGCCUCCAGUUACAAAACUACAAUCCGGUAUUCUUCCUGGCGAUAAGAUAUUGCAAGUUCAUGCGGAAGAUGGCGAUAAGGGGAACCCGCGAGAAGUGCGAUAUGGAUUAGUUUCUGAAAAUAAUCCAUUUACUUCUUUUUUUGACAUCAACGAUACAAGUGGUGAAAUUUUUUUAAUGAGACCACUCGAAGAUAUUGCCGCAAUCACGCAUGCGGGUGAUCCCGUCUUACUCACUGUAAUUGCGGAAGAAGUUAAAGUCGGUCGUGACGAACCUGCAGCAAUGGCUUCCACAGUGCAAUUGGCGUUCUUCCUACCGGACCGUACUAACUCGCCGCCUUACUUCGAGAACGAUCACUAUGUAUCGAGGGUUGACGAAAAUGCCUUGCAAGGGACAGCGCUGACGUUCGUGGACCCAUAUGUACCUCGGGUGUAUGACGACGAUACUGGGAAAAACGGCGUAUUUUCGCUGACAUUACUUAACAAUAAUGGAACUUUUGAAAUCACACCCAACGUAGCAGAGCGAAGCGCUUCGUUCCUUAUUCGAGUACGAGACAAUUCGUGGUUGGAUUUCGAGCAAAGGCAUUCGGUUCAGUUUAACAUUCUCGCCCAGGAAUUGGGACCUGCCACAAAUCUUUCGGCCAUGGUAAAAGUCACUGUAUACAUAAAUGACGUUAACGAUAAUACGCCCGUCUUCGAUCAACCGGGUUACACGGUAGAGCUGCCGGAAAACAUGACAGUGGGCACAAAAGUCGUUCAGGUUCAUGCAAGCGACCUCGACACGGGGCUGGGUGGAAAGGUGCGCUACACCGCAAUCUUGGGAUACCUAAAUACUUCCCUCAAUCUAAACGCGGAAAACGGGUUGAUUACUGUAGCAACCAAUAGCCAUGGCUUCGACCGCGAAUUAAUGCCGGAGUAUCACCUGUAUGUAGAGGCGCGGGAUAUGGACGGCGUUGGCAAUCGAGCACAGGUUCCCCUUAUUAUCAAGCUCAUUGAUGUAAACGAUGAAGUGCCCGUGUUUGAUAAGGACCUAUACGAAUUCAUACUCGCAACCGACCUAAUGAGCUUUACAACCAGCGCAAUUAUACAUGCCACUGACAAGGAUGCAACACCGCCAAACAACGAGGUGCGCUACGAGUUAAUCAAUGGCAACUAUGAAAAUAAUUUUGUACUGGACAAGGUGACGGGUGAGUUGACAGUCCGCGAAAAGAUCAAUCUUCGUUCCAAAAAACAUGCCAGCCAGAGAAGACGCCGUGAUAUUGACGUCACGCCGCCAACCGACAAUGAAGACGACUUAUUCAUAUUGACCGCUCGAGCUUACGAUCUGGGGGUGCCUGUUCGAUUUUCGACCACCACCAUACGCAUUUAUCCACCAGAAAGUCGAAAGCGCAUUGUGACAUUUGUGGUGCCUGGCAGUAAGCUGGAUAAACGGAAGACAGAGGAAACCCUGUCAGCCAUAACGGGAGGAAAGGUUUACAUUCAUGAAAUUCGACCACUGCGACCGGAGGAACCGGGUGCUAAAGAUAUACCCAACGACAAUCCAAAUAUCAAAGAACGAAGUGUAGUCACGGCGACCGUGCUGUACGACAGCUCAUCUGUAGUGGACAUCUCGCAGAUACAACAGAGACUCUCGCAGCAUAAUAACUCAUACGCGAUCAUGCCAGAAGACACAGCGCGGACCGACAAUCUCACUCCCUUGCAGACACAGUAUAAGGCUGAAAACAAGGUUUUAUUUUGGCUCCUUAUACUACUGGCCACACUGGUUGCUCUUACCAUAUUGAUUCUGCUACUUUGCUGUAUUUGUUCGUGGUGUCCUCUGUAUGGCGCAGCAACCAAAAGAAUAGUUAAUAUCAGUAGAACUGAAGACGAUGUACAUCUAGUGCAUAGAGAAAUGGCAAAUGGAAACCAAACAAAAUCUGUUCAGGUCGCAGAGUGGAUGGGAAGACGAGAGGCUUGGUCAGCGGAUAAGCCAUCAAAUACACGUACAAAACCUACCCGCUGGGAAUUCCGCGAUGGACGUGAACAGUCUGAAAACGUAGAAAUGCAACACGCAGGCGUUAAUACCGAUGGCGAUGCAGUCCGCCACGCAGAAGCUGAGGAGUAUCAGCAAAGACGAGUCCGCAUUAAAAACAGCCAUACAACCAAAGAAGACCCUCAUCAUAGUUUCCAUAAUUCUAGAACCAAUUUAAUAAACGAUCGUGACGUAUAUAUUGAGGACGUAAUGGACGAUCAACACUUAGUCGAAAUUAAGGAAAAGUUCUCCCGUAAUAAGGAGAAUAGGCCAUUGGAGAAUAGUCGGUUGAAAAACUACGAUUCUGAUGCCAGACAAAUUGACGAUGACUCUAUGCGAAGGCACGAGAUAGACCGUGGAAGCGACAUCGACUUUAAUACUGCCCAAAAUAGUCUCAAGAAUAAGCGCGAACUUUUUAUAAAGGACGGAAAUGUCGAGAUCUUACAGCUCAUGACGCGGGAUAAAACCCGAGACGGGACUGUAUUAGAUGAUGACAAUAUCUACGUGAAUGUUCCAGUUAAGUCAUCAGCAAACCUUUCACACCCACAACUGUUGAUGGUGGACAAUACGGGUAAGGAGAUAUUAAUGCGCAGAUUCAUUGAAGAGCAGCCAGAUGGAAAGCAAAUAAUACGAGAGCACUAUCACAUCGUACCAGGCGCAACAUAUAUUCAGUCAAUGCCAAACGAAAUACAAGGAUCAACACUUAAGGGGGACACAUUUCCCCUGGGUAAAUCGGGACCAAAUAGUAUUGUUUACUCGCAAACCGAACCUGAAGUCAAGGUUAUACAUACCCAGUCAGUUCAGGGCGCCGAAGACAUAUCUCAGCUCCAGCCCGUUGUUGCAAGUCAGUCGCUUACAAAUGAACUGGAGCACUCACUCAAGCAACAAAAUGCGCUAUUACGUCAAAUAUUGCUAGAAAAGGAAAAGCUAGAAACUAGAUAUACACAGCACGAAAUAAUCUUAGAAACCCAAAGUCUUCCGGGCCAGUCGAUGGCUAUAGGAACACAAACUGACUGCGACGCUGGUACACAAACCGAGCAGACCGAAGCCUUUAAUAGCAAGUUAAUGGUCCACUCACAGGCUCAAGUGGGCUUUACUCGACGGCGAGCACGUAGUGAAAAUGAUGACUCGAUGUCGGAGGACGAAUACAAAUAUGUGCGCUUUAGUCCCCCGAAUAGUCCUGAAGGUGUGUACUGGAUAAAGCGCCAUCAACCCAAAAGACGACUAAGGAUACGCGGCAGCUCACAGCCUCGAAAAAGAAUUGUAAUGGUUGAAGAGGUGAAGCGCAAAAUCAAAACACCUAUAAAGGAGGAGGAGGAAAUACACGAGAAGAAGAGGAGAGUACCACCUAAAAAGCCACUUCGGGAAACCAAAACGAGUAUUUUGCGAAAGCAAUUGAGUGAUGAAAGCCGAAGAAGUGAUGUUGCCAAAGAGUCCAAUGGCAAGCACAAAUCUGAGGCUUUAAGCCGUGAGGUACUUAUGGAAAUAUCCGAUUCACUAGAUGAAAACGGCAGUCCAAGAGCGCGCAGAGCUCAACAGUAUUAUGAUAACUUUGAGGGAGAAGUCGACGAAAAUGACUCCGAAUACUCAAUUGAUUCCGAUGAUGAUGAAAUUGUAAUUAGAACAAAUUCAAACUUACCGGGCUAUGCAUAUCAGCGAAAUGUGCUCGUUACGAAGUCCCGAGACUCUGGGCGUUACGAACUACAAGUAAAAAACUCACCCCAUCAAAGUAAAUCUGUAAGCAUUUCUCCGCCGUCGGAGACUCAAGAAAUAACACCUGAGGCUAAGCCCAGACUCUCCCGUAGAGACAGUUCGAGACGCAGUCAACACUCACGAAAGCAAACAUGUUCGGAGCCCCCGCAUCAUCGUAUUUCAGUUUCAAAGUACGAUGUGCAGAGAAGCGAAAAUGAGAAGGACUCACAUAACAAUUCCACUGAAAUAGCUGUUUCAAAGCAAGCCGCAAAUGAUCGAAUGUACCAAAGUGAAACAGAAUUGGCCGGUCACGAUGAAUCAACUACUCGAAAUGUACCCAAAUAUAUGGAAUGGUAUUAUAGUAAAAAGAAACCCUCUUUAAGCGGUCGAACUUCAACAGAGUCAUCAAAAUCCCAGUUGUCAAUCAAAAAGAAAAAGUCUACCCCAGAGAAACGUAUGUCAAAAACAAGAAUGAACUUAAAAUCCGAAAAUCAAGCAUUGAAUGAUGAGGCCGCCAGAUUCAAACCGGAACCGGCGCCUCGAAGAACUCCACCAAAGGGCAAUCGGCUGCUCAAAGAAGAUAGAGCCUUAAACAAGCAGCACAAACCCAAAACAGAGACUGACACCAAUCAUCCGCUGCUGCAGCAUUCUGAACAUCGUUUUGAACGGGAAAAUGCUCCGGAAGUGCCACCACCACCCACCAAGCUACCACACUACAUGUACCCGGAAACUCCGCCACAUGCGACGACUGCGGACAAAGAUCAUCUAUCGCAAAAACAUAAGCCGAAACCCUCCCCCAUCAAGGAGAACGAAGUAAAGUUAACAAAAUCAAAAAUAAAUCUUUAUGUUGAAGAUCCAAAUGCCGCUCAGCUGCCAUCUCAUGCACAGAAACAACUGAAUGCAUCAACUCUCGAGGAUGAUCACGACUCGGGCAUCGCCAUGAAUUCACUAAUGAAUAGUAUGGGACGCAGAAAUCCUAUAGCCGAAAAGAAAAGCGUCUUUUCAAUUGCUUAUGACGAUGUCAGCCGCGUCAAGAAAAUACCAUCAGGUGGAGAGUCUCCGCAGUACUCAUAG